AUGUCUGCUGUUCUCCGCGCACCUUUUCGAAUAGCCGCCUUAUCUCACUGCAGAGAUCUACUGAAAAUUACCUGGCAAGAUGGUGCAAAGAGUACGUUUCCCAACAUAUGGCUUCGCGCCUCGGUCCGGGACCCAAAAUAUUUCACGGACAGUUUGAUUUACAACCAGAGCGACUAUGCUCGCUUCAUAGCUACCGAAUCACCAAUUGUUAAAGCUGAAAACGGGGAAGGAAGCGAAGAUGUGACCGUUGCAUGGGAAGACCAUCGUAGUAGUUUUAAUGCCUCGUGGCUUCGCGUUCAAGACAUGAAAAACAACGACUCUCUUCGCAAGGAACACGAGAUUACCCUGUGGGAUGCAAACUCCAAAUUUCCCGUCUACAGUUAUUCCGAGAGGAUGGAAAAGCUAGAUAGCUGGCUGACCGACUUGGUCAGGUAUGGAGUGGCUUUUUUCGAGGGAGUACCCCCGAGUCAAGAGGGCUUGGAAGGGAUUAUACAUUGCGUGGGUCAACAAAAGCAACGCACCCACCCUACUGACACAUUCGAGAUUUCAGCGGAUAAGUCCAAGGCAGAGCAGAUCGACCAAGAUAUCUAUGCUCCCGAAAAGCAUCCUGUACACAUAGACACUGCUUACUAUGAUGCUGUUAACAGGUUAUCGUGCUUGGUUGCCAGUAAGUAUUCCGCGCCAGUUCAAGACACGUUCAACUAUUGGGUGGAUAAUCUUGCAGUCAUUGAGCAGCUGCGCCGUGAAGAGCCAGAAGCGUAUGAGCUUCUCUGUACCAUCCCAGUGCGUUUCUCCAGAAGAAGAAUGACCGUUCAAGAGAAGUGUGAUCCAGACAAGGUUUAUAUCUACCACUACGACAACACCCUGGAAAGGCCAAUUAUUUCUUUUAAUCGUCUAGAGAAGCGACACCCUACUGUCUACAUCUCUAACAAACACGCCGGUUUGGAAUUAGGCACUUUCAAGGAUCAUUCGACCAUGAAGAAGUUCUACGAGGCUUUUACCCUACUUCACCAUAAGCUAUAUGAUCCUGCAAACCAGACAAGGUUUCUGCUCAAGGAAGGUACAGCGGCUAUUUUCAACAAUCAUCGCGUAAGCCAUGGGCGGGAUGACAUACAUCCAACAACGGAUCGUUCUCUUUUGCUUGGCUUUGUUGGCGCGGAUAUGUGGAAUACUCGAUGGCGAGUUCUUUACGGCAAGAAAGCAGGUCUUGAGGAUAAAUGGCUUUACGGAUGUUCAAACGAGCAGCUCGAAAUUCUUGCAGACAGGAUGGAGCACUAA